AGCUCUUGCUGGGGCUGAUGUCGUAUUGAUGUUAGGUGCAAGGCUUAAUUGGAUUCUCCAUUUUGGAAGGCAACCUCGGUUCAGUGGUGAUGUAAAAUUUUUGCAGGUUGAUAUAAAAAUGGAAGAACUACACAAUAGUGUUCAAGCUACUGUAGGAAUUGUUGGUGAUAUAGGAGCUGUUGUUAAUCAGAUAUCAGAGGAAUUAAGUCAAAGACACUGGAUAUUUCCAACUAAUUCUAAAUGGUGGGAAGAACUAAAACAAAAGAAACUGCAAAAUGAACUUGCUGUGAAGGAAAUGAUUUCAGACAAAUCAACACCUCUCAAUUAUUAUGCUGCUUACCAUGAAAUACAAGCUUUAAUUCCAUUUGAUUCUAUUAUUGUAAAUGAGGGAGCUAAUACAAUGGAUAUUGGACGAACAAUGUUAUUGAAUGAAUUUCCUCGGCACAGGCUAGAUGCUGGUACAUUUGGUACUAUGGGUGUUGGCUUGGGAUUUGCUAUUGCAGCAGCUUUAUGGUGUCAGGAUUAUGCUCCAAGGAAGCGAGUAAUCUGUAUUCAAGGUGACAGUGCUUUUGGCUUUUCUGCCAUAGAAAUGGAAACAAUUAAUAGAUAUCAUCUUCCUGUAAUAAUAAUAAUUUUCAACAAUAAUGGAAUAUAUUCUGGACUUGAUGAAGACAGUUUUAAAAUGGUGGAAGAAGAUAGUGUGCACUUAGCUCUCAGCGUACCACCUACAACUCUUCUUCCUGCAGCAAAGUAUGAAAAAAUUUGUGACAUGUUUGGUGGAAAUGGAUUUUCAGUAAAUACUGUUGAGGAGCUGCAGAAUGCUUUGAAAAUCUCUCUAAAUACUAAAGAUAAGCCAUCUGUAAUAAAUAUUAGAAUUUCUCCAACUGCCCAAAGGAAGGCUCAAGAUUUCCCAUGGCUGACAAAAUCAAAAUUAUAAGUCUCAAAUAUCUUAUUAAGUCUCAUAAUAUCUUUUAUUGUAAAAUAAUUCACAGUCUAAGAGAUAAUUUUUUAUGUAUGUAUAUUUUUAUAUGAAGGAUUUUUUUGUCAAAUGUAUAUCUGUUAACUCUUUAAUAUUUUUAAUGUUUGUGUAUAUAUAUAAGUUUAUUAGUGCAAAUAUGAGAUUUUUAUGUGUACUUAAAAAACAUAUAUUUUUAAGCUUAAAUAACAAGUUUUAAAUUAAUGCUGAUAAGAGCAUUUUAUUUGUGUAUACUCUUAAAGUUAGAAAUCUUUCAUAUAUACUUUUGUAUGUAAUUUACAUGACUUCAGGGAAAGCUUCUGAGAAAUAUAAUGCAAAUUUUUUUUUUUAAAUACUUUCAGCAAUAUGCAUAGGGGCAGUUCUGAGAAAAAAGUAAGACUUAUAUAUGAUUCCCAUAGUAUUCAAUAUGAAUUAGUUGGUUAAAAAAGUGUUACUACCUUUAUUUUUCCAUUAUCAAAAUUCUUUGAAGUAUUCUUAGUAAAAGUUUUAACCAAAUGAGAAAAUUGGCCAACUGCAAAUUUAUUGAUAAAUGUUGAUAUAAUGAAAAAGAGGAAUUUCAUGAAAUGUCUUUAAUUUAAACUAGAAACAAACAUGAAAAUAAUGUCAUAAUCCUUCUGAAAUAUUUCUGAGAAUUUUACACAUAAAUGUUUGAAAUACUUCUAUUAUAACUAAUUACAGCAAGAUGAGUAUUUAAUUCCCUGAAAAUUUUACUUUCUAUGCAACAUAUAAAAAAAUUCUUUCUUCUAAACCCUCCCCUUCUUCAGUACCGGUAGUAUUUUCAUAAAGUUCUAGAUCAGUGGUAUCAUCCUUUUUAGUCCCCAUGCACCCCUUUUACCAUUGCUAGAUUAUUUCACCACUUCUUUUCCAAGCUAAAAAAUAUACAUGUAUUAAUUCAUUUACAUUUAGAUUAUUUCAUAACAUGUUUUAUAAAUUAAACAGCAAAAAGCAUAGAAAAUGUUCACAAAUACCAAAACUUGAAUAAAAGUUGUAUUUUAUAGUAAAAACUGAAUUCUAAGCAGACAAAUAAAAGGUUUACAAUAUUCCUCCUUGAAGCUAUGAAAUUCCUUCGUGGUUAAGAACUCUUGUUCUAGAUCAUCUUUAAGAGUGUAGUUUUAGCAUAUGUCUAAAAUUAGUGAUAAAGGAAGAUAUAACACGUUUUUUAAGAAAUAAUUUUCUGAUAUCUUUUGUUUAUAAAGGAGAUUGAAUACUAGUUUUUCUGUCUAAAAUUGUUAAUCUGUUUUAUUCAAUGUAUCCAAAUAAAGAAAAUCUCAGAGUUUACAAGUGUAUAAUGGCAACAUUAGUACUAUAAAAUAUAAAAUUUUACUUAAUUUAGAGUUGGUUAUGUUAUGUUUAAUUGCUAUAAAAUCUAUUAUGCAUCAAAUAGUUUCUUUUAAAAUUAGUAACCACCACAAUAUUUAUAGAUUGCAUUUAGUAAUUUUAAAAUGAUCUAACCAUUGUAAUUUUUUUAUUUAAAAGCUUCUUCAUUUCUCUUUCCUAACAACUUUUGGUUACAAAAAAUAAUUUUGCUGGUAAAUCUAAAAAUAUGUUUUACCUGCUUUAUGUUGUGAAUUAAUUUUGCAUUACAACUGGCUUUUAGCAUUUUCUUAUUUAAUCUCUAUUUGUUAUGCAUGGUGCUGACAUUUAUUCUAGUUAAUUAUAGUAAUAACUUAUAACCUGUUGCUAAUACAAAUACAUAUAAUGCCAUUACUUUUUUAUUUAUAUAUUAUUAUAUUGCAUCUUUUAAAUAAAUAUUUUUAUAACCACUUUAAAGUGGGAGAUUUUCAUCACAGUCAUUAAA